AACGCGAACAACCACUGCUUCUCUCCUUCCUAACCAUCCCCUUCUUCUCUUGCAUAUACAUAUUCACAGGACGGAGGUCCAUGCAUGUUCAUUAAUAUUGCGGGGAGUAGGCGACAAGGGCAUGCAGGAGGACUUGGUUUUUCAUGCAGCGGCGGCGCAGCUCUUCGGUGAAGAGAAUGAGGAGGGCAUCUGCAGCUCAAUCGCCCCCCGAAUCCUUGACUUCGACGACGACGACGACGUCUCCCCCCUCGCGCUCCUCAACUACGCCGACGACGUCAACUCCUCAUCAUCUUCCGCCACUGCCGCCGCUGUGAAUACCGGCACCUCGGCUUCCACCCCUCCCCGGUGCUGGGACGACGUCGGCUCCUUCUCCCCCUUCCCCUCCAUCGACGCGCUCUUCGACACCCCUCCUGCCCAGCAGCCCGACCCCGUCCCCGCUGUCUGCUACCCUUCCUCCACCUCCUCCUCGUCGUUGAACCCUCCUCUUCCCGCCAUGUUCCCGGUCCCUCCGCCGUACGCCGGAAACCACCACCUGAACCCCUUCGACCGCCAGAAUCCCAUGGGCGUCGACGCGAUCACGAACGGCUACCCGCCGUACUCCCCCGACGCCGCGGCAUUCCCACCGAGCCACCAGCAUGCGGCGGCGUACGUGCAGCGGCGGCAGGGGUUCGCGGGGAUGGAGGCGGGUGGCAUCGAGGCGUGCGGAGGACCGUACCGCUUCUUUUAUGCGGGAGAUAUAUUGGCAGCCGACGUGUUGAGGCCCGACGACGGUCUCGCGAACCCAGCAGACGUGGCGGAAAACCAGAGGAGGGAGAAUGACCAUGCGUGGUACGGGCAGUCGCAGGCACCGCCGACAGCGUACGGCACGGACGACUUACGGGUACUAACUGUUACUGUGUCUUUAAAUGCCGUCAUAUUUUGCAUGGCAAGCACGAUUUAAGUGGCACUAUGAUUGGUCAACCCUACUGGAGACAUAGAGACCAAAAGAUCUAACGUUAAAAAUACAAGCGCCCCCUCAACAUCCUCGUGAUCUAACUCGUAACCGGACAACCACAUCAUUCUCUUGAAAUCCUCAUUUGGCACCGCAUGACAUGUUUGGGUCCCAUGUUGCCUAUUCAAAAUCAUGUUGACUGGUUCAAUUACUUUAGUGGGUCCAUGAGCUAGAUUUACUUGAUUCUUAUUCUUCGAAUUCAUCAGAGCAUCAAGGAAACGGGUCUGAGAUAAUGUACACCCAAUUCUAAAGCCCAAUAGAGAUGCCUGAACUGUUGAACAACCAAUUAUUAGAGACGGGAAUAGUAUCUCUCCAGCAGCACUCCUUUGACAAAAAGUUUUCAGAUGCCUGAUCUGUUAAACCAUUAUUCUACACAAGAUUUGGGAAUCGAAGCCUAUUAUUUAUGUUGACCACAUCACCAACAAAUAGAUUCAGCACGCCAAGUACAAAUUGUCAAAUCAUGACAGUAAUUUGGCACCUUAUAUCUUGGC